UUCACUCUCGUCUAAAUGUCAUUGUAAUUAUUUUGUGUCUCGUUGUGUGUUUACAAAGUUUUCCGUAAUUUCUCGUUUUCGUCUGAAUUUUCCACAAACCUGUGUGAGAAGUGGCCCCCGAGGAGCGCCCCAUGUCAAUGGAGCCGAGUGCGGUGCAGGACCCCUUCGGUGGGGCGUGUCGGGUGUGCCUGGCGAAGAACACCCAACUCUCGACUCUCUUCGAGGUGUUGAUUGUCCGGAAGCUGGGAGAGAUGACGCUUUCUGACAUGAUCUUUCUGCUGUGCGGACUGAAGAUCGAUGCCAGUGACGGAUUGCCGGGAACUGUGUGUGGGAACUGCCGAAUGAGCUUGCUGGCGGCCUUUGAGUUUCGUCUGCUGUGUCUGCAGUCUGAUGAGGACAUGAGGAUGCUUUUGUACAAGAAGGAGAUGACUGAGGAGGUGCAAACUGUGGUACAGAUCGAGGAGCAGCACAAUGUGGUUGAGUUGUCACCGGAGAUGAAGGAGGAGAUGCAAGACGCGGUUGAAGAUGAGAGCCAAGACAUGAGAGAUGAUGGGCCUGAAGAGGAAGACACCAAGGAGGAAAUAGAGGUCAACGAUCUGCCAGAGCUCGUGCCUAUUAAGUCCGCAAAGAGGAAACGGAAGAAUGCAAAGCGGGAGCACGUCUGUCCUGUGUGCAAGAAGGUUUUUGACAAGGCCUAUCGUCUUCUUCGGCAUGCCAACAUCCACAAUGCCGAGGGGAAACCGUUUGAGUGCCCAGAGUGCAAGCAGAGAUUCGCUUCUGAGAGCAAUCUCGUGCGCCACCAGAUCGUCCACUCCAAUCUCAUCAAUGAGACCAUGACGAUCGUGAAUGAGCGGCCAAAGAGCUUCCAGUGCUUCCAGUGCAAUCGUGUGUUCCAGAAGCAGGAAUCUCUGGCAUCGCACAUGAAGACGCACAAGGAGAAGAUGCAAGAGAUAGAAUUCAAGUGCGAAUACUGCCCCAAGAAGUUCGCCAAGCUGAACUUCCUCACGCGCCAUGUCAAGUCACACGAAGAGUGCAAAUCACACAAGUGCAACAUUUGUGGGAAGACUUUCGCCCUCGGAGGUCUCCUCAUUGACCACAUCAACAAACACAAGGGACUGAAGCCGCACGUCUGCGAGAUCUGCAACAAGAGCUUCCAGCAAUCGUGCACACUGAAAGAUCACAUGCGAAUCCACAGUGGAGACACUCCUUAUCUCUGUUCCGAGUGCGGGAAAGCCUUCAACAAUGGCAGCAAUCUUCGGCAACACCUCAUCCGCCAUUCGGGCGUGAAGCCUUUCGCCUGCACGCUGUGUCCCAGUCGAUUCAGCUGCAAAGGUGGCCUCAAAUCCCACUUGACCACGCACUCGGGCCUCAAGCCUUACGUCUGCGACAGCUGUGGCCACUCCUUCACCAAGCCCUACUCUCUGGUGAAGCACAAGAGGAUUCACACGGGCGAGCGACCGUACAGCUGCGAAGUGUGCGAAAUGCGCUUCAACUCUUCGGAUCACGUGAAGCGCCACAUGCGAACGCACACGGGCGAGAAGCCCUACAAAUGCAAGUUCUGCGAGCGCGCCUUUGCUCAGAGUAACGAUCUGGUGAAGCACAUGAGAUCUCAUGUGGGAGAUAACACGUAUCAGUGCAAUCAGUGCACCAGAUCUUUCAGGCUCUACAGCGAGCUGAGAUUGCACAUCCGCGAGCACUUUGUCCAGGGUGAGAUCCCGUCAGACGCCUUGGUGCAAAAGUCCAAUAGGGGCGUGAAUGCGCUUCCUCAAGUGGAGGGCGAGGAGCCGCUCACGCUGAGACUCAACGAUGCCCAGACGUUCCUCGUGUCGCCGGAACCGGAGAAGCAGGCUCUUGCCAGUGUCGUUCCGGAAGUCAUGCCUCCGUUGACGAUCAAGGAUCCAGAGAGAUUCUACCAUCCCACCACCCAAGUGGUUCUCGUAAAUCUCCCGCCCGUGCCGAAGGACUGAUCGCACAUCUGAGUCUCUGGGAUAACAAGUGAGCAUGUAUGAUUGUCUUUUAUAUACAAUACCGUGUAAGAUAUAUUUUGCAAGAGAAUCUACAAUUUGCCAUAUACAA